GAUCGAUCUUCUCUUUUCCAAUGCUGUGUUGUGGUGUAUCACAAAAAAUUAAAAUCAACCAUCAUCGAUCCAUCCAUCUGUAUAACUAACACAUCAAUCACCGAUAAUGAAUACCCAACGAUUGAUCAGAAGUUCAAAGUCAAUAUUGACAAAGAGAUCAUAUUCCACUGUCAACUUCUCUCAUAUAAAUGAAGCUCCAAAAGCUCCUAAACCACAAAUACGACAAUUUUCAAAUCCAUUAUUACAUACGUUCCUUUUUGCUUCAUCCACAUAUAUACUAUUGAAUUCGAUAUGGUUAAGUCUUGAACAUGAGAAUAAAGAGAAAGAGUUGCUUGCUAAAUCAAAGUUAUUGGAAGAUACCAUUCAAGAAUUGUUAGAUCAAAAGAAAGUAGAAUUGGAACAUAGUGAAAGUCUGAGAAAAUGGUAUAAAUUAUGGUUAUGGAAGUAAAGUGAUGAUAAUGCUCUACAGUUAGUGUGAUUCUUUAUGUAUGUACGAUA